AUGAACGACAAGAAGCUCUCUGUCAUGUCCAUUGGCAGCGAGGACUUUUCGGUACAGCGACAAAGCAUGCUCCUACGCGAACUAGAGAUGCUACUGGACCUAAACCCCAGGGAAUUGAGCUCAAGCCUGCUGGCACUACCGAGAGAACUACGGGAUCGGAUAUUCGACUUCGCGCUCCCUGACAUCGCCAAUAGCCACCGACCUGAAUUGCAUACAUGUUUGUGGGGAGCAGAUAUGGUUCAUGAGCCCUGGCGCCACGACAUCUUCGGCUACGGCCAUGGCGUGCCGAAAAAGCACAGAUUACAUCCGAAUCUGCAAAUGAUCAAUCGACAGUUGCGAAACGAGAUCUUGCAAAGUUAUUUCCGCCGCAGCAAGCUUACACUACAUGCCGAACUGCGCAAUUCGCGGAUAAAUAAUGGCCAUUUCGAAUAUUCGCCACAUAUCCUGCAGCUGCCCAUGCUGAAAUUUGUCACCCAUGUCCGAUUCUACGUGGAAUGGAAUUACACUGUGCUCUCCAAGAACGACCGUAUCGAAGACCAGAUCAGGAUUGCAAAAGAUCUAAUGAAGACUAUGGACACGCUACUGACAUCGCUGGAAGCUGUGGAGAACAUCGAACUGUCCGUCCUUUUCUUCUGGAAGCUGCGCUCCGGCAAACACUACAUGCUCUCAAUGCAGGAUCUUUUCGACCUCGAAGACGUCUUCAAGCGGCAUGCGGAAUCUCGUUGGCUGCGAAUCUUGCGGACGAACAACUCGACAGUCAUGUCGCCCAAUCCCUCAGCUGGUGUGGGCUACAAGCUUUCGUCUGAAGAUAGGGGAACCGAUCAGAGCGGCGGAAUGGAAAUCUUCGUGUCGCAGGAUCUGGAGGAGGCGAUGCAGAGUAAGAGGAAGAGCAUGAUAGAUUUUUAUGGGAAUUAUGGGAUUUCGGAUCCGCUGCCGCAACCUGCGUAUGAGGAUGGGAAGAUGAUAUGA